GACAACACCUUGAUUGGUAGCUGCUGGACCGGAACCAACAUUCCCUUCGUGGGUACGAGGCAGCGUUGUACUUAUCUGGAACAUAUCUCGAGAAGGACCUCACGGAACUACACACCACUGCUUGAGAAUGUCUAUACAAGUGUGAGCGUACGAGGGGUUGCUCGUUUCACCAUCUGCUUCAGAAUCUCCACUCCACAAGUCCUUUUCUGCUACGACCUUUCACCAUCACUAUAUACAUUCAAACAAUUUUCAAAAUGUGCAAGGCUCACGUUCUACGCUUUUGCUGCGGGCAUGGCGUCCUUAUGGGGUUCGACGUCUGCAGACUGGCACCAUGUCCUAUCCUCAAGACUACCGGUGUCAAACUUCCACAACAACCAUACAAAUGUUACAAUUGUCAAAACAGGCUAUCGAACCUGUCAUCAACAAUGUCUUCGUCACGGGCAGGCUGUGAUUCAUCGAUGAGUAGUCGAGACUCAGCCUCUUCUCAGGGUUCCUCAGCAAGUCCACCACGAUCACCUAUAGCGAGGACCAAGACUUCGGCACCUCUUCCCGGGGGCAUCGCUCGCCAACCAACCGAAUGCAGCAUGCUGUCUCGAAGGUCCACUUGGAACGACUCGCUUCCAGCCAAGGCAUUUGCUUUUUCGUGCUGUUCAUCAUCGCACUUCGUCACACCCCAUUACAUGAUUCUGCCGAAUCAUCUUCCUCACCAGGAUCAUUCUUGCCCACCUUGUCAACUAGAAGAGUUGCGGAUGAGAGCUGACAGGGAAGCUACUGCGUCGGCUAAGGCUGAAUAUCCCCAUCUCACGGGCGAAAUGUUGGUCAGUGACGGACGAGUCUGGGAGGAUUGGCAGACAAAACCGACACUCGAAGGAUACAUUGACGAAAAACGGUCUGACGAGCGGCAGAUGUGGCUGCAUGUCACAAGGAAGUGGACGCAGGACCUGAAGAAGUUGCGGGUACUGGUUGCUGAAGAAGACGGUCUGGGUCUUCUAGGAUGAAGCUGCUUGGGCCAUCAGUUGAGGCCAACGGUCAUGAUUUAUGAGGCGUUUAAAGAGAUGGGAGGCAGGCCGUCAAUUGAAGCG